AUGAGACUGUUAACAUUGUUGCUGUGCCUUGCUGUGAUCGUUCUGGUCUGUAACGCGGUGCCAUCUAAAAGACGGCAAGCAAAAAGCGUUGCACGAUCGCAGAGCCGUUCGGUACGUCCUUCCCGAUCGGUAGGUAAUGGAAAGAAACUAGCUGGAACCAAAGCGCAAGCUCGUUCAAAGAGAAACAGCAAUCAGAAGAGUGGCAAAGCAGUUGGAGCCAAUAAAAGUCGUCAAUCACAGAAGAGAUCUCGUGGCGGAUCGUCUAAUAAACUUAGCAACGUUGGUAGUGGCCGAAAUCGAGCAGCUAGUGUUGGUAAAAACAAAUCGCGUAACAAAACAGCGAAUAGAAACCGAAAUAAGAACAGAAGUGUUCAGGGCAAUGGCAAUGCAGCUUCAUCGUCAGGAAUUCCCGGCAACAGCCUGCUAACCGAUGAAGUACCUGCGGAAGAAUUAAAUUAUAACGAUUUAGGGGAUGAUUCAUUAGAUGCGGAGGAACCAUCAACACAGACCGAUGGUGGUGAAGGUGAUGAGGACUUUGAUGAGUUGAAUGAAGAUGAGGCAACAGCUGCACUGGCAAACGCUAAUGCUGACAAGUCAAAUGAGAGCGGCAGUGGUGAUGCGUUGGAUGAGAACACUGCAUACGGCGAUAAUGAAAACCCACCAAGUGGGAAUGAACCGGUUGAUAAUGGAACAAUUACCAAUAAAGAGAUGAGUAGGGACGAUGAGUCCGAUGAUGAUAGUAGUGAAUAUAAUAAAGCAGACGAUGUGGGAUCAGAUGCGCAAGGCGAAGCUGGUAAAGAUGCAUCACAUUAUGAUGGGCAAAAAGAUGAGCAUGCAAGUAUUGGAGAUGAGCAGGAAGUCAAAGUUGUUGAUGAGCAGGAUCUGGAAGGUACUGCACAAAACAAGGAGUCCGCAGAAAAUGAGUCGCCAGCUGAGAAAUCAACUGAGGAUUUAGUGGGAGAAGAUGAAGAUGACUCCGAUGAUAUAGAGCAGGAUUAUGUUGAUGAAGACUAUAGUUACUAAUUUAUAAUAUGUAUU